AACGCGUCGUCCACGUCGGCCGGGCAUCAUCCGACGAAACGCGGGACUUCGCGAUAAGAACAGAACCGAAAGUGAAACCGGACGAUGGUUUAGAGUGAAGAAUGUCAGUCCGCGCGCCGAACGAUCGUACGAAAAACGCGCCCGGUUGCGAUUCGACGAAUGAGGACAAAUGACUGUUAGGAAGAAGAGGUGAUCUCGAUCUCGAUCAACCUUCGAUCACCGACGAAUCCGCGUAGAUACCGCGACACCAGCGAACAUUUCGUAUCGGGUGACGAUAGAAUGUGCAGAAAGUCAUACAGCGAUCGGUUUUAUCAAGCACAAAACGAAUCGUGACCUGAACGACUCUCUCCAAUGAUGAACUUCACCAACGAGACAGCGGAGUUCGAGGAGGAGGACGGUUUCAGCUGCAGCUUGAACGGGACCCUGGACGCCUUCCACACGAGCUACAUCCAGGUCCACGGAUACGCGAGCCUCCUGGUCUGUCUCUUCGGCUCGGUGGCGAACACCUUGAACAUAGCGGUGCUGACCCGUCGGGAGAUGAACUCGCCGACGAACGCGAUCCUGACAGGACUGGCGGUUGCCGACCUCCUCGUCAUGCUCGAGUACAUUCCGUACGCCAGCCACAUGUACCUUCUGCACCGUCCCCGACGUGAGCAGUUCACCUACCCUUGGAGCUUCUUCGUCCUCUUCCACUCCAACUUCGCCCAGGUCUUCCACACGAUUUCUAUAUGGCUGACAGUGACGCUGGCGAUAUGGCGUUACAUCGCGGUCGCCUUUCCCCAGAAGAACCGCGAACUCUGCAGCAUCAACAGGACGAUGCUCGCGAUCGCUGGCGCCUACGUGAUUUGCCCGAUAAUCUGCGUCCCACUGUACCUGACCUUCAGUCUGGAGCCACGGACCAUGCUGAUCGACGCGAGUGGAAACGCGGUGGACUUGAACCAGACGAACCAUUCGGUGCCCGAAGACGCGGUGAACGCGACGUUGUACUUCGUCAACUACAGCCAGACGGCAAUCGCUUAUCCUUUCCUGAGGAACAUGAACCUCUGGAUAUACGGCGCUGUCAUCAAGAUCAUACCUUGCAUCGCUCUCACCAUUCUCAGCCUCCAGCUCAUCCUCGCUCUCGUCGAGGCCAAGAAACGCCGGCAAAAACUCACCUCCGCCGCCCUCGUAAAGACUGUGAACAAAUCUACCGACGCCAACGACGGGAAAAAAACACGUAAAAAACCAUCCCGCCAUAUGGAUAAGGAACGACAGACCGACAGGACCACCAGAAUGCUUCUCGCCGUUCUUCUCCUGUUUCUCAUCACCGAAUUCCCCCAGGGUGUUAUGGGUCUCCUCAGCGUCAUGCUCGGCGCCAAGUUCUUUGACACCUGCUACGUUAAACUCGGUGAAGUGAUGGACAUCCUUGCGCUGAUCAAUUCGGCCAUAAACUUCAUCCUCUACUGCGCGAUGAGCAGGCAGUUCCGGAUGACGUUCAACCAGCUCUUCGGAAGAUCGAAACUCUUUGGGAGGUGGAUGCCGAUACCGCAGAAUGGGGAAAACAACGGUAACACGGGGACAAAUCACACGGUCACGCAAGUAACGCAAGUCUAGCACAGGCGUUUGCGGAAAACGACUGCGUGCUUUCCCGUAUGAAUUUACAUCGCGGUUUUAAAACGCAAAUCCAGCUCAAAUCCUUAGUUUAAUUAAUUGUAUGGUAAUGCCGAGUUUCGCAUUCAAAUUGGACCACAAUCAGCUCCUCUUAAUACCUUCAACCCGAACGGUACGACCUAAUAUUUUGGCGAAUGUGUAAAAGAACACACCGCCGCUUUCACUUUAAUUGCCUACCUCAAAAACUUGGAAUUUCCUUAAAUUCGGUCGUAUGUUUUCUACACGAUACGACGUGGAGUAUCUUUUUUUUUUUGAAUAGAGGAUUUUACGUUGUUACAAAGGAGCGAACAGGUGAAAUCAUUUUCAUUGAUCGUAGAGAUGAAAUAUUUUUUUAAAAUAUUAUUAUAUUCCAUACCCAUUCGUAAAAGUAAACUUUAGCCAGGUUUCUCAGUGGGAUAAAAAAAAAAAAAAAAGUGAAUCGUGAGUUUGGUACAACGGAACUCGUUCGGCCACCUAUACGUAAUAUAUACAUAUAUUUAUAAUAUGUAUGUAUAUAUAUAUAUACGCGUAAUCGUUACGAAAGUAAGAAGUUAAGUGUGUAUAAAUUAAGACAGAGUUAUAAUUAUUAUUACAAACGAAGCAUCUCGAAGUGAAAUUUACAGAACGUGUCAAGUUAUGUAAGGAAACCUGGGCAUCGGGCACAUUUUUUCCAGUUACAAUCUCGAAUGUGCGGACCAUCGCGUGUUUAUAUUAAUAGAAUGUUUGAGCCAAGAGUUUACGAGAUAUAACCCAAGUAUAAUAAAUAUAUUUAUUAUACCGCAGUACACGCGGUUCAAAGGAUAAACAAUUUAAUGAUUUAUUUACUCGAGCGCACGCACAUCGCCUUGCAGCGUGACGCAAUUUUCGCCGAUCAAUCACCCGGCGUUAUGAGAGAAGUGCGUGAAGUGAUCCCUCGAUCAAACUCCGAUUUCACGUGAUGCGCAUAUUUAUUUAUUUGUUCGAUUUUAAAACUCUGCAGGAAAUGCACGAGUGCAGCACCAGCAACAACGGAAACAGCGUAUUACACUGAGAGAAAUUUUUAGUUCCGGUU